AUGCUUCGACAGACCCUUGGCCGUUUCGCACAGCGCAGCAGCAGCCGUAUUUGUCCGGCACCUGCCCGGCGGUUCUAUGUGGCUCCCCCAGCGACCUUUGGCACGGACGGCGAGAAGCACAUUUUCCACAAGCUGAAUGCAGGGCUCAGUCCAACAAAGCUGGCAGUCACGGACUCGUCGGGCGGGUGCGGGUCCAUGUACGUGGUGGAGAUCGAGGCCGAGUGCUUCCGCGGCCUGAACCGCGUCAAGCAGACAAAGAUGGUCAACGCCCUGCUCAAGGACGAACUCAAGGAGAUGCACGGCAUGCGUGUUCUAUGCUCGGUCCCGCCCAAGGAAGAGGCGUGA